GUUUGGGCGGGAAGCAUGCACCGUUGCCAUGGUGACGGGGCCGUGCCGCCAUCUUGGGCCGCUGUGAGGGGCCGGGGGGCUCUGGGACCCCCUGGGCCCCCCCUGACGCUCCCCCCACAGAAGAGUGAGGGGCAGCAGCCCCCCGAGUUCCGCUCCUUCGCCGUGGACCCUCAGAUCACGUCGCUGGACGUGCUGCAGCACAUCCUGGCCCGGGCCUUCGACCUGCAGGGGAAGAAAAGCUUCUCGCUGAGUUUUGCUGCCCGGGAUGGGCAGGGCCAGGACACCUUUGUGCCCCUGCUGAGUGACAGUGACCUGGUGACGGCUUUUACCUGGGCCAGGCCCAUCCUGAGACUGCGCCUGGACGUCAGGAACCCCCCUGAGA